CGCACAAGACGAUGACACAUGCAAGAGCAAGAUCACAUACUUCCCCCCCUCAGACUCACCGAUGCUGACGCGAGGCCUGUCACCGAAGAAGCUAGGAGAGCCGCUGGAAGUGUCCGUAUUCGGAGAACAUCCAUAUUCAUUUUCGGUGUGUGGAGGAGGCUUGGGGAUGUAAACCUCCAACCAGCACCCUCUUGGUUGCGUGCGUGCGUCUCGUCCGGGUGGCGUUCAGCGCCGCUCCCAGCGUUUUUUUGCCUCCGUUUCCUCUUCACGUUACGUUAGCUCUGCCUCCUUUGCCUGCUGUCCUUUAGUUUCUUCCGGUCUCAACAAGCCAAAGGUCAUGAACAAAUAUCAGAAGGAAACAAAGCACAAGCAAUGGGUUGUUUAUACUACGUAGUGCGUUACCCUUGGGGGGCGGUGUUCUUCCUAAUGAUUCCCAGCGCAGAGCCCCCUCGCGUAGAAGCAAAGAGCUGGUGCACGUAUGAUCACAACAACAGUGCAACUCGAGGUGGUGUGCGCAGAGCCACAUCCCAACGAAGGCAACGAUGGAGUAUCUAGCCGGCAGAAAAGUGGAGGUAGUGGUCGUGGGAUCGGUCGCAAUGCUGGCCUGGGUUGCCCUGAGCUACUACUGGUGGUGGCGAUCAUCGGAAGCGGCUCGCGUCAAGAACUUCGUACGAUCUCACGCCAGCAGCGACCGCAGCCUGCCGUCACCGAUGCCCGCGCUCCCACGGUGGUGCGGCUUUAUCGGAGGCCACACGCUGGUCUUUCGGCGAGGAGAGAGCAUGUCGCAGCUGGAGGGGUGGGCGAAGGAGUUCGGAGGCGACUACGAGUUGUACGUGGCGGGCAACAAGGUUACCGUCGUAACGGGCCUCUCCGACAUCAGGCGGAUCUUGACCCUCCGACCGUCGAGGUUCAAGCGGGGUAUCGUGGUGAACCAGACCAAAUGGGCCGCUGAACAGGUCGGGGUGCAGAGCAGCCUGUUCUUCGAGGAGGGGAAGACCUGGGGUCGCUCCCGGCGGCUGAUCUCGCCCAACCUCAACGGACACAACGUCGCGGCCAUGCUGCCCAUCAUCGCCAAGGUCGGCGAGCGCUUCUGCGGCAAGCUGGGGGACAAGGCCGACGCCGGAGAGGUGGUGACGUCCAGGGACAGCUUCGCCCGCUUCACGCACGACAUCGUCGCGCUGGCCGUCUUCGGCGUGGACGUGGGUGCCAUAACCGCCACUGAGCAGGAGCCUUGCCCUUCCUUCGAUGCCAUCGAGCGCAUCACGUCCGCCUUGAUCGGUCUCAUUGGAAAGCCCGCGGAAAUACUGCAGUGGAAGUACCUUCCCGUGGUGACGUGGGUACGCGAAACGAAGCAACAUUCCCGCCGCCUCGAGAAAGUUAUUCAGGGUGCCGUCAAUGCGGUGAGAGCGGACGCUAAACUAGCCGACGCCAGCCUAGGCGACUCGGCUGCCGAGGGCGAUGUCGGCAUCGGCGGAACUUUGCUUCGGAAAAUCAUCGGGGCAACGAACGGCACCGCAAGCAGCAGCGACCGCAUGCUGUUUAACGAACGAGAGCUCAUGCACCAGGCUAACGGGCUGUUCGUGGCUGCGACCGAGACAACAGCGCUUACCCUGUGCUGGUGCAUGUACUAUCUCACCAAGAAUCCGAAGGCGGCUCUGCGUUGCCGCGCCGAGGCUCUCAAAGUGGCGCCGGAAAGCGAUGGGAUGGUGUCCACGGCAGAGCAGCUAAAGAGGCUCCGUUUCUGCGCCGCGGUGUUCAAGGAAGCGCUGCGCCUGAGGACGCCGGCACCCCGCUUGUCCUUCACCUGCAUGGAGGACUUCACGAUGAAGAGCGGACGGGUGUUGAAGAAAGGGACCGCGGUCCUGACGCUCAACCGGGCGGCUGGAAUCUCGGAAGACUUUUUUACGAGGGCGGACGAGUUCGUGCCGGAAAGGUGGAUCAGAUCCGAGCGCGAGAACGCGCUGUCAGAAAAGCCGAGCACGUGGAUCGGGAAAGGCGGCAUCGCUCACGAGGAGGAGGCGUUUUUGUCUAUGGGACAUGGCCCAAGAAUAUGCCCCGGGCAGGAUAUGGCCAAGGCAGAGGGGGCCAUCAUCAUCGCUGCCAUCUGCGCUCGCUUCGACCUCUCGCUCGCACCCGGCCAGGCGGACCCCCCAGAGGAGUUUACUUCCUUCACAUGCGGCCCUAAGGAGUUCGACAUGAUAUUGACCAGGGCGGCGAAGGAAGAGUGACGGUUUCGUUGUUUUUUUUGUUUCGUGGCUUUGAAGAAGCAGGUUGGUUGGCCUGACCUGACCCGAGCCGCCCGCCUUUUAUUGAUAUGAGGGGAGGCACGUGUGCGCUCGUUGCGGUCUGUCUUGUGUUGGAGGAGGCCCUCCCGCGCUCGACUACUACUGUGUCGCGAUCGGUUUUGUUGUUUACACUGCCAUCUCUAUCUGUGGGUGUGUCCGGCGCGUACACAGCGUGAUGGCCUCAAAACUCAGGGAAAAAGAAUAGGAUUUUUGUACGACGGGGAUUACCUCCGUAUGCGGCACAGACAGGAGUUGUUGCGUUGUAUCACAGCUGUGUUUGCUAGAUACGUGGGGAGUGUGUUUGGGUGUUGGAAGCUUCGAUAUCUUGUUUGUUCUUCUCCUGUGCCCGCGUCCGUGUUCGUGUUACUUUUUGUGUUGUCGUGGUACGCACAGCAACUUUUUUUUAUCAUGGAUGCUGUUCGAGCCGGGGUCUGCAUGCAUACAUGUAUGCACAUCAUUACGUACUUUAUGGGUGUGGUGGGUAGCAGUGCGCUGGCUCCAUAGGGUUGAAAUGCGCUGGGAUGGGAUUAUUCAUUGAUCGACAGCUGGCGGUCGUUGGUACAUUUUUGUCAUAUCAAGAAUUUUGUCAAGCCCCUGGGAGGUACAUUUUUGUCGCAUCAAGAUUUUUGUCAAGUCCCUUGGAGUACUGUUCCAUCCUAGAGUCGCGGGUGGUGCUGUGGUACAUAGCUGCUUUGUAAAGGUUGUGCGUGUGCGUAGCCAGCCUCUGAUCUUGUUCUGAAAAGCGCUACUGUAAGUUUGUACGUACAGUGUGGGGAGAGAAGGCGGGUGGUUUGACGUCAGCCGAGGUCCGAGGACAUGAUGGAGAUCUCGUUUUGGGUAUCAGAGUUCUGUCCUUAGCAUUCAUCACGGAUUUUGGUAAGUAGCGACCCUUCCUUGUUUUCGUUUCAUUUCGCUCACGUACUGUUUGUCGUUGGUUUUUGGGGGUGGGUCUGAAGUGAAGCGGUGAUUGUUUUUUUGGUUGUUCGAAACCGAGGAUGGAUGAGAUAUGUAUGCGUAGUCUACAUAUCAUGCGUUGUGUUGGAUGUAGUGUCUGCUGCUGUUUAUUGCGGCGGUUUCCGGUCCGUUUUUUCUGCUGGCGAGAGUGGCUUGUUGCAUGUCCACGGGAAAAGGGAGGAAAAGAGGGCAACAUCACGAAUCACGCAGCAGCAGCAGUGAUGAUGGGAUGAACAAGUUGUUGAAGAAUGUGUCUACUGUUGUUGUCUCUGGCACGUUUCGUAAUGUAGGCAGGUGCAGUGCACGCACCCGUUGUUGCCUACAGUCAUCUGCCAAGCAGCGUGGAAAUAAUAAAAAUAAGUGAUCUCAAUGAGCUUUGAAAGGCUGUGGCAACUCAAGAGGAAACGCUGCUGACUUCGUUAUUCAAAAUUGAAAUUCCGGUGUACCCCAUUUGGUCUUCAGUGCUCAGAUACAGCAGUUGCCUUCGUCUCAAAGACAAACC